AUAUUGAGUGGGUGCCUCCUGCAGCGGGGGAGGGAGAGAUAGUGAGGGUUUGCCAUCGAACGAUUAUUGUCCUGCACAUCACUCCACAUUUUUUCGAUAAGGCCUGGGUAAAGAAGUUCCCCAUCUCCAGUUGAGGCCCUCUUCUCUAUACUUCCAGCUGCUCUGUCAUCGUCCUGGGACUAUGGCGGAUACCUCAAGAGACUACGCAGGUCACUCCCGCGCCUCCGACUCAGCAUCAGAUGCAACCCACAUCGCCGAACAAUCAAGACCCAUCUACCGCUCAAUAACAGGCUCGAACGAGCCGACGUUCGACGGCGCCGACGUUGUCAAUCUCCCUAUCCGAACCCUCAGCAACGAUGCCGACCUUCAGGAAUACACCCAGGAGACCAUCGACGGCCAGAUCCUUCACGAAGUACGCUCCAACAUCACCGGCAAUAUCGAGCGCUACGAGCUGGUCACUUGGAAAAUUAAUGACCCCGAGAAUCCCAAGAACUGGUCGAAAGCGUACAAGUGGUGGUGUACGAUGUGCGUUGCUUUGACGUGCUUUGUCGUCGCUUUCAACAGUGCUGUCAUUACAGCCGACAUCGAGGGUGUGGCGGAGGAAUUCAACGUCAGUGAAGAGGUGGCAUUGCUCACGAUCACUCUGUUCGUCGUGGGUUUUGGUGUUGGACCCAUGGCGUUUGCGCCGCUCAGCGAGAUCGUAGGUCGGAGAAUCAUCUACGCGACUACGCUGUUUCUGGCGGUCAUAUUCACGAUUCCGGGCGCAGUGGCGAAGAAUAUCGAGACGCUCCUUGUCACGCGUGCGCUUGCUGGCAUCUGGUUCUCUGCUCCAAUGACACUGGUGGGUGGUACUUUGGCAGAUAUGUGGAGGAACGAGGAGCGCGGUGUCCCCAUGGCCGCAUUCUCCGCCGCCCCUUUCAUCGGACCGGCGAUCGGGCCGUUAGUAGGUGGCUUUCUUGCCGACGCAAAGGGCUGGAGGUGGCUCUACUGGAUUCAGCUGAUCCUCUCUGGUGCCGCCUGGGCGCUGAUUUCCUUUACGGUCCCGGAAACGUACACCCCGACGCUGCUUGCCCGCCGGGCGAAGAAGCUCAGAAAGGAGACGGGAGAUGACAAGUUCGUCACACAAGAAGACAUCUCGAAGGCGCCGCUCAGCCAGCGUCUCAUGACUUUCUUACUCCGACCGUUCCAGCUACUUUUCCGAGAGCUCAUCGUAUUUUUCAUCUCGGUCUACAUGUCUGUUCUCUAUGGAUUGUUGUAUAUGUUUUUCGUUGCGUAAGUGUCUCCAUCUCUGUCCUUGUAUAACACGGCGUCUUACUUCAGGCUCCACAAUCCACACCGAUUGACGGACGCCCCGAGGUCGUUUUCGCGCGCAGUGCUACUUGCAACACUCGCUAAUACUCGUGCAGCUACCCAAUCGUCUACCAGAAAGGCAAGGGCUACAGCGCGGGCACCACUGGUCUCAUGUUCAUACCGAUCGCUGUGGGCGUAGUGCUCAGCGCCUGCUGUGCACCCCUCGUAAACAAGCACUAUCUCAAGAUGGUCGCAA